CCAAGCAUGGGAGACAGGCUGCCGGAGCCUCACGCCAGCUCUUCCCCCGCUGUGGCUGCCAGCUCGGAGGCGGAAGAAAUCGAGGUGCUGGACUCCGAGGAUGUCCUACCUAUGGCCGCGGAGGAUCACUGGAAAGCCCUGUUUGAUCAGAGAGCUAGCUGUUCCUGCAGGCAGGCUCUAAAGGGAGAGGAAAGCAGCUGGGAUGAAGCACAAGUCAGGAAGCGAGCUGAAAUGUUCGAUCCUGACAACACCGGCUACAUCAGCACUGAGAAGUUUCGCUCCCUUCUCCAGAGACACGGCUCGGAGCUGGACCCCCACAAGCUGGAGGUCUUGCUGGCAUUGGCAGACAGCAACUCUGAAGGGAGGAUCUGCUACCAGGACUUCGUCAACCUGAUGAGCAACAAAAGGUCAAAUAGUUUCCGCCAAGCCAUCCUUCAGGGGAACAGGAGGCUGUGCAGCAAGGCGCUGCUGGAGGAAACGGGGCUGAGCCUUUCGCAGAGGCUGAUCCGGCACGUCGCCUAUGAAACCCUGCCACGAGAGAUAGACCGCAAGUGGUACUACGACAGCUAUACCUGCUGCCCUCCGCCCUGGUUCAUGAUUACCAUCACUAUUGUAGAGGUUGCCUUUUUUCUUUACAACGGAGUGGUAUUAGACAGGUUUGUGCUGCAAGUCAGCCACCCCUUAUACCUGAAGAACACAUUGCUUUACCAUCCUCAGCUCCGUGCUCAGGCUUGGAGGUACCUAACCUACAUAUUCAUGCAUGCAGGGAUAGAACACCUUGGACUCAAUGUUGUCCUUCAGCUCUUGGUUGGGAUUCCCCUGGAAAUGGUGCAUGGAGCUGCGAGGAUCAGCUUUGUGUACGUUGCUGGAGUUGUGGCAGGGUCCUUGGCAGUGUCAGUAGCUGAUAUGACUGCACCUGUGGUGGGCUCCUCUGGAGGCGUGUAUGCUCUUGUCUCAGCUCACUUGGCCAAUAUAGUCAUGAACUGGUCAGGAAUGAAGUGCCAAUUCAAACUGCUGCGCAUGGCUGUUGCCUUGAUCUGUAUGAGCUUUGAAUUUGGAAGAGCUGUGUGGCUGCGAUUUCACCCCUCUGCUUACCCACCAUGCCCACACCCCAGCUUCAUGGCUCACCUUGGAGGGGUGAUGGUUGGAAUCACCCUUGGUGUCAUCAUCCUGAGGAACUAUGAGCAGAGACUCCAAGAUCAGACUUUAUGGUGGAUCUUCCUUUCUAUUUAUGUCAUUUUUGUCUUGUUUGCCAUCUUCUGGAACAUUUUUGCCUACAGCCUGUUGGAUCUAAAGCUACCUCCCCCUCCUUGAAAACACAGGACAGAAAACGCAAGAGUGGAAGUCGGUCAGCUAUGUUAAACGAAUGAAGAUGGAGGAUCUAUUUUUAUAUUUAACUUAGGGGAGGAUGAUUCCUUUGAACAAAAGUGUAUGCUGGAGGAGAUGCUUAGAGAUCUCAUGAAAGAAUGGGCUGAUCAGUUUGUUCACAAAUCUAGCAGGUACUGUAAUACUGGCUGGCCUGGACCCUGCAGUUUCGCCACUGCCAGGGCUCCCACUGGGCAGCUUGUACCUGGGCACUUAUCACUUGGUUUGUUAGCACACAUCAAUAUUUUAUAUGAAAUAUUUAUAUUUUCCAGGUCAGUGCUGGAAUUAUGGCCAGUUGUUGAACAAAUGUCCUCAAUGUUACUGAACACUGAAAGGGAAAAAGAGCAGAUAUUUACUAAUUAGAGACUCGCAUGGUACUCAACAGGCAGCUUGGGUUUGGUUUCUAUGGACACACCUGACUGUUCAGCCAUACCAGUGCCACUGUUUAAUUACUUGAAUGGUUCCUAAGAUAUUUUAGCCUACAGUGAAACCUGUCUUAUGCACCUUUCAAAGCAAUCAGCAGAACUUGAUCACCCGAAGUGAUGGAGACUGGUCUUCAACUUACAGGUCAAAUGUUUUGCACUAUAAACCUUGGGAAUCUUAGAGCGUUGUGGACACCCAGCCAGAGGUGACUCUUACUGUGCAUGUUUCACUUGAUUUUAAUUAAUCUACACACACACCCCUCAAGCCUGCUGUGGCUAGAGAUUGUGGCUGGGCUUUCUUUUUGGAGGGAUGGAGAAAAGGAGGGCAAGUGUUCAACUGUGUUUAUCAGCUGACAAUCAGGUGCUGUUUUCUUCUUACUCGAUUUCUGGCCACAUUGAUCUAACACCUGGCCUGCAAUGAGCUCCUAGCAAGGUUGUCAACUCUUCCAGCAGGUUCUUACUAGAAAAGUAGGACCAGGAUCACCUGUAGCAGCAUAGGGGUAGUACUAUCUAGUCUUUACAGCCAUACAGUACAUUUGGGGCCAAAUCUGUCCACUGAAGUCAGUGGAGUUAAAUCAGGUUGUAUGUAGCACUGUUUUUCCAUUGAAGUGGAAAGAGUGUUACUGUGUUACAGUGAUCAUUGUGAAACUUGAUAAAACUGGUUUUAAAGUGUCUGCUAAUUCAAGGAUGCCUCUUCCAGAGGCAGUGGAUGUUCAGGGGCUCCAAGCAACGGUUAGUUGCAAUGAUGCCUUUUUCUUUAGCAUUGGCCAAGUCCAGGGUUCAGCAAUCUGUAAAUUGUAGUACAGUCCAUACAGUUGUCUGUGUGGACCUGGGGACCAGAGUAGAACUUCUGUAGCACAAGCAGUGCUUAUAGGUACUCUUCUCUGUAAGGUGCUUAUGUUAUUUUGCCUCUCACUUUAGAGAGGUGCCAAACUACAGUUCAGGAAUGUGGAUGCCCUCCUUUUCUCUCCCCUUUACCCAGCUAGUUUGAUGGCCUGGAUAAAGCAGCCCUAGGAGUCUCUUACAGAUUAGCUGCUCUCUUCCUUUUUUCUAUUUGCAUACUGGUGCCCAGGCACCAGCCACCACAGCCUUCCACAGCACAUCUCACAGGCACUGUAGCAGUUGUGUUUGCUCUGUAGCAAAAUGUCUCUGUAUUGUAGGCUUUAUUCUCUCAGCUGUGUAAUUGGUGCUGCCAGGUGAUACCACAAACUAGUAGGAGUCUGUCUUUCUAGAGGGGACAUUCGCAAGUGCUUAUCAGGUGCCCCCUUCUUUGCCUCUUAGGGGAAAAAUCUCUCUGGUGUGGAACGGUGAAGUUCUGCUCCCAGAGCAGAACUAGUGCUAUGCACUAGUAAAACUCCUGUUGCCUAGGGGAAGGGGAGUGGGGGAGAAAAUAAAUGUUUCUACAGCCUAGAAUAAGCCUUACCUGCAAAAGAAACAAUUUUUGCCACCUUUGUGCACAGGGAUGGGAUCUCUGAGGGCAACUGCACCCUCCUUGUUCUGCAUGGCUAGUAUAGUGCUCAUGGGCCCUCGGGUCAAGGGACAAGAGGAAGGGAUAAAGGUCAGAGUGCUGUUCAUUUUGGAGAAGGGGAUGGGUUCCCUGUGCCAUUUUACCUCUGCACUUUGGGUCCUAAUCAAAGCAGUCAUGAGAAUUUAUAUGCAUCCUUUCAGGUGCUGGUCCAGUGAGUUUCGUAGCUGUGGAGAUCAUCUCCCUGGGGAGCAGCAGGCAAGCAGGAGAGCAGGGAGCUGGGAAAACACUGACAGAAGCAUGGUUAACAUGUAAGGAGGACAUUCCUUUCCUCAACUAUUGCUAAGCCUUUCUGAUUACAGAUGCCUUUAAAACAGAGGUGAGCAGAAAUGGGAGUUCCCCUGAAGUUUUAGGAAAACUUGGAAUAUUUUGGUAGAAAAUUUCAAUCGCAACAAAGCCCAGAUUAUUUUGCCUAUAAUUUAACAUGGGAUAGUAUAUAUUGCAUUUUAUUUUUUGAUUUCUCAACUGAAAGCUACUUAAUGCCCAUCAGUUUCUCCUCAGGAGAGGUGCCUGUCAGUGGUGUGCUCUGGGGUGAAGCAGCAAGCUACAAGUUCAAGGGUCACCAGUUUCUUCAUCAGCCUGACCCUGGGCAACAUAUCUUUUGCCUCUGUUCAGGAGCAGAAGGGAGCUGAACAGAGUAGUCCAGGCACUCUUCCAUAGUUGAACAUAGUUUACAUGAACUGGUUGAAAACAGCUCUGAGGUUGAGCUUAUGAGUUGUUCUUUUACACAUUGUUCAUCUUUCUGACUUUCAUUGUGUCCCCAUGCCCUGUCUGAGCAAGUCCAGAGGAAGCCCUGGGGAUCAGAAAGGCCCCAUAAAAGCAGUACUAGUUUUAUUGUGGGUGAAGAAAUUAAACUCUCUCAUGUUCCUGCUCAUCAGAGCUGAAAUCUCUCCCUUUGCAUAGAGCAGGCUGUACACAGAGCCUGUUGUCUGCUAAGAAUCUGUCAGCUCAUGGAGUCAGGAGCAGCACAAAGUGCUUAAGCUUUUAUAAUUAUUUUUUUUAAUCACUAAAAUUACACUGUGAAAACUUGUUAUGUUUUUACAGAGUAUCAGGAAAUCUAGUUAUGCUUUCUAGUGUACCCAGGAGUGCCAGAGUGCUGCAGCACCAGAGAGCUAAUAGCAACCAGGCUUUUCUUUUACCUCCAGAUGUCCUUGAAGCUGCUGGCUUAUGUAGGAGAUGUAAUAUUCUCCAUCCUGCUCAUUUGUGGUUCCAACUUGUCACAGUCAGCAAUGUGUUCCUGAAGGAAUUGUCCACUGAGGGACGGUUUUUGGUAAUUAUUUUGUGUUUUUUUCAGCUGCUGCCAGGAUUUUACAUCAGUUGGGUAAAAUGUGAAUCUAUUGAACCUCAUGGAUGUGCAGUGCUAGAGCAAAAGGCAAGGAGUGUUACCAAUGUACAGAUUUGAACAGUGCACAUUAGAGGAAGUUAUUUCAUGGUUGUGUCCUUGAGUGAGGACACAACACCUGGGAGGAAAAAAGCCAUUUCUAUGCUGGGCUUAGUAAGUAUAUUGCAGCACUGGUCCAGUGAGUAUGGGUUAGGGAGCAGUAAUGCAGACUGGGGAAGCCUGAGGUACUGGUGGUAGAGCUCCUUCAGGGACACUGCGGGCAGCGCAGUGAUAGCAGAGGUGGGGUCCGGCUCCAAGCCUCUUGCUGAUCCCUCGUCCUGGAAGAGAGAUGGGAGAAGUGGCUCAGCCAGCCACGGGGAGGAAGGAGGAGGGGGAGACCAGGUAGAUCAAAGCCCAUGGGGCUUGCAAACUGCACCUUUUAUUCUUAGAUGCUUGGAGACCUGUAGAGAUUAAUUUUACACACAUCGGUAAUAAUAUAGGAAGGAGGAGGGGGAGGGUUGUAAUGGAGUGAUGGGAGAGGAGGUUACCAGAAACAGUCUCCGAGUGAGGUGUAGAGGAGUCAUAAAAAUGCUGUUGGAUUUACUUUUGCUGAGUUCUUAAGACAACAUCUCAUGUCACUUUUCCCCCAUCAGUUGAUGAGGAAUCUUAGCACUUACGUGGCGUGUUGUGGUUCUUGACUACUCGCUCCUUUAGCAGUAGGAAGUAUUUUAUCAAUGGGGAAGGGGGAGGCCUCAUUGUCUGAGGGUUGCUGGAUUUGAAAUAAAGCUCAGGGAUACUGUAUCCCAAGACCUUGCUCCUUCUGAUGGAUUAUACUGCCCAUGUGUUUUAAAUCAUAUUAGAUAGUUUCAAUUUGAACUGGGGUGUGAAGGAUGGAAUCUGACACGUUCAGAGCUGGUACUAAAAUAACCGCUAUCUGCUGACCUCAGAAGGCAGCUGCUGGUUUGUGCCAAUAUUUAAUCUCACAGGAUCGUGGGUAGGACUUUCACACAUACUUCAGUGAGUAAAGAGCUCGGAGUCUUUCUGUUUAUAUAGGCUCAAGCUCAGCUCAGCUGCUUUGGAACCCCCAUCCACUGGCUUUGCUCGAAGUGGAACUGGAGAAUAUGGAUGCAGUUCAACACCAGCAACCUCUGGAGGUAAACUGGGAUCUAGAGAAGAAAGGCCAGCACCUCUGGGGUUUUAGCCUCUUUGAAUAUUGCUGCUGUCUGUUUCUUUUAUAGUAGUGGCUGCUCUGCAGUGCUCUGUGAUACAACUCAAAAACUCCUUCCGCAAUCACUGAUGCUGAGAGCUGGUUAUAAAGGAAAACAGUGCAUUUGCAGCAUUAUAAAGAAAGAAUCACGCAUAAGACAGAAGCCAUGCUUGUUUAAAGGUAAAUGUAUUUUUAAUGUCACCAUUAAUCUUUGGUUUUUAAUUGGAAAAAGCUUUCUAAUGAGGUAUUUCUGAAAUGCCAGUAGUAGUAGUAGUAGUACAGAAAAUCUAUGUUUCAGGGUACUUUACAACACAGAGCACAAAAUAUCCCCUAGGCCUGAUUUAAGUAGCAAAAGUACCUUAAUUUCCAGUGAGCUUAAUAGAUACGUUAGUCAGUGACUGUCUCCUGACUCCCCCACAGUGUCUGUUUAGUUUGCAAAUAAAGCUAGAUUUAUGCAGCUUUUCUUUUGCUUAUACUACUAAUGCUAACAACACAUCCAAGUGUUAAACACUAAGCACUAAACAAUGUAAUUUUCUGCCUUAAAAUCCUGAACAAAUGAUACUUUCCCGUUAAGGGCUAGUAAAACAAAAUGAUAUUUGCAAGGUAAGAUGCUAUGGUACAUUUCCAAAUAUUUUUGUAUUGUGUAUAUUCUGUAUAUUUUUGUUGUAACAAUAUUAUUUGAGCGCAGAAUCCAUUAAAUUUUUUGUUGGUGUUUUUCUCUCUCUCUCUUUUUUUUUUUUUAAAUAAAUUGAGCUGUUCUACAUUGUAUGCCAAAAAACAACCAAGAAAAAACUUCCAAAGACAGUUUUGUAAGUUUGUCUACAGUUAACACAGUACUUAACAUAAGAGCAAUUGCUUUUGAGCUCUGCAGUGUAAUCUUUUAAUAGUGGCAUUGAUAACUCAUUUUUAUGUCUUUCUAAAAGUGUCUAUCUGAAAGAUAAAGGGGAGAGUGAACUGCUGCUUUAUUUCUCCAUGAGAUAUAACAGGGAUGCAGAAUCGGGUUGGGACUUGUAUUGAAAUACAGGUCUUGUCCCACCAUUUGAUGACUGACGCUUUAGUGCAAUAAUGACCUCAGAACUGUGGGGAAGCUGAUGGCCGAGUACAUCAUUAGAGCAUUUACAAUUUGUUAUUGGAGUGGAGGGUUGUUCUUUUUUAACAUCAGUCUCUACCGAAUGUCUUAACAUUUCGGAGGAAAUACAUUCUUGCCUCUUGAAUCAGUAGCGGGAACAACAUAUCCAGGAAGUUCUGCAGCAAACCUCCAACUGAUUUAGUUAUUUUGAGAUAACUAAAAUAAAACUCCUUCCAUCAAUGUGGAAGGGGGAGGCUUAUUCUGAAAAAUAUCUUUGUGGUUUUGUUGGGCAACAACGGGUUAAAGCGUAACUUAAAAGAAAUUAAGAUGUAACUAGCAGCAGUUCCUGUCAGAUGUUACUCCUAAGGGGAAGCAGAUCACUGCUGCCAUAUGUGGGACUUGGCUCUUGCUUGUUUUCUGCACUUAACUGAGCUUUUAGAGACACUUAAAUCUCUUCAUUCACUAGCUGAGGACUUCCAGCAAGAAGGUAAGGUGGGUUUUGUCGUUUUUUGUCAGUGUUAUACAGGCAGUGUUACUGUCUGCUAGCACCGUACAUUUUUCUUGCUGGGUAAAAUAAUUUUAGAAAGGCAAACUGAAGGUCAGAAAUACUGCCACUUGCAGCAUAUCUCUCACAGAGAAGGAGCCAAAAGCUGGCAGCCUUGAUCACACAAACUCAUGAAACUCAUUAUAACUUUAUUCCUGUAACUCCGAUCAUAUUCUGUAUAGUAAGCAUUGCUCAUAAGUGUCAGAAAGAGAAAUACUAGUUUCUCUUUAGUGGCUUAUAUGCCACUUCUCUUGGGGGUAAAGACGGGGGGAACCCCCAAAGCACAAACUAGACCCUGAUCUUUCAGACUGCAGGUCUGUAGCAGUUAAAUCUAAACUUGCAUUCUUAACACAGGCCUGGGGGAUUGUAUGUUGGUUGGGUUUGGGGAGUUUUGUUUGUUGUUUCGGUUUGCUGUUUGCUUUUUUCCCCCUGAAGGUUUUUAAAUCAGACCCUUAAAACUACAGUAAAAAUCUUCCAGGUUUGCAAAUUAAGUGCACAUCUCAGCAUCUUCUGACCUUUUGUAUGCUUCAUCCUGAGCAUUAAAUAGCUGACGACUGGAGGAAGUCGUGUCUAAUACUCUCCAGGCAUUCGUGUAGUUAAACAGCUGCUUCUGCAUUAUUUAUUAUGCUUUUGUUUAAUUUCCUUUAGUUUUGUUUUUAAAAAUAGAAUUUAUAAUGGGAAGACGCCAGUAAAACCUGGAAAUUAAUGAACUACCAGGGUAUAUUGCAGUGUGUGUGUGUGUGUGUGUGUACUUGUCAGCAUCUUAAUAGUUAGGAAACUGAGUGGCAAAGUCACUGCAAAGCCAGCAGAAAUGAGAUGAUGUUAAAACAGAGGCUGCAGAAAGUAAGAAAUCAUGUUUUUUAUAAUGCCAGCCAUCCUUCGGUGGUGGGAAAAUUCAGGAAAAGGAACUUUCACCAGAAGCAGCUGUGACUGAAGCUGUGCAGGUGUAACAGUACAAAUUCAGCAGGACUGAUACCGAACAACGGGUUACCUUGGAGAGGAGAAGCCCUAACAAGACUAAGCAGAGUUUUACAGUUAAGGUUAAAAAUACCAGAUUUUGAAGAGUGAUUUAUGAUAACUUACCUAGCAAACAAAACAAGAAUCUUAGUUGAAGUGUAGUACAGGUCACAGGAUAAUAGGAUAAUUCAGGUUAUGAGGGACCUCAGAUCUCUAGUCCACCCUUAGCUAAGGGGUAAUGCGCGCUGUUCAGUGCUUCAGCCAGUUUAUUCUUAAAAACUUCCAGGGAUGAAGACUGCGCAAAACAACUGCAGUUGCAUCUCAGGAAGUUUAUCACCACCGGCACUGCUGUGCCUGGGACUGACCUAUUCUGCAUGUAUUGAGGCCAGCGCACAGAACACCCAGCCCAACUCCUGCCUAGGUGCGGGAACAAGGAACACGCCAGGUUAGGGGGAUGACUUCCUAUGCUCCUACCGGAUCACAGCUACCUCUUCUUCACAUCCAACUUCUGUUUUAGUUUAUUUUUUUGAGCACUGACCUAUUCCCUGCCUCCUGAUCAGGCAAAAUACUAAACGAUCAGUGCUCUAACUUUGUUAAAAAAGUAGAAGAGUGACAUAGGGUGACAUGUUUAAUUGAGUGGUGCCGCUUUGCUCACUCAUGAAUAUCCUGAAGGAAAGUGUUGUUACUCCUUAGAGCUCCUGAAAAUGAGAAAAUAGAGGGUUUUCUUUCAGAUUACUUUUAUUUUCUUCUCUGACCUGCCCGUA